AUGCUGGGUUUUAACAAGAAAGUUGAGGGUAACGCCUCAGAUGAAGCUCCCAACAAUGAUGAUGUCCAUGUACCGCACGACGACAUCCCGCAAAGACCUUGGAUUGAGACUGUUCUUCCAGUGUUUGCUUGCGGUGCCGGUCUUUUCUCUGAUGGCUACAUCAACAACGUUAUCGGUUCUGUCAACACUGUACUCAAGAGGCAGUAUGGAGAUGUAUACACCUCGUCAACCGCCUUCAAGUUCGUUUCCGACAUCGCCUUUGUCGGAACCGUGGUCGGACAGCUCGUUUUUGGUUUCCUCGCUGAUCAUUGGUCGCGCACCAACACGCUGAUGGUGUCUACUGUUAUCCUCAUCAUCUUCACCGCUCUAGCAGCUGGGUCCUACUGGCAGGGGCAAGCCGUUGGGAUGUUCAACAUGCUGACUGCCUGGAGAUUCUUUGUCGGUAUCGGUAUUGGAGGUGAAUACCCCGCGGGUAGUGUUGGCUGCGCAGAAUCGAGUGGUCAAAUGAAGAAGGGCACCAGAAACCGAUGGUUCAUCUUAUUCACAAACUCAAUGAUUGAUUUCGGCUUCGUCAUUGGUGCUUUUGUACCUUACGUUGUUGCCGCCGCCUGCCACAAUGGUAACUUCAGCACCAUCUGGAGAACUAGUCUUGGAAUUGGUGUUGUUUUCCCGCUUGUUCUGUUCGUCCUACGAUUGAGGCUCAAAGAGCCAGAAGAAUUCGCUCAGGAAUCAAUGAGACGACAGACUCCCUACUGGCUUGUGCUGCGCUACUACUGGUUUAGACUAUUCUGUGUCAGUCUGGUGUGGUUUCUCUACAACUUCUCUUCGUACGCCUUCGGUAUCUAUUCGUCCUCCAUUCUAUCAGGAAUUUAUGGUGAUGGUGCCAACCUCACGACUGUUUUUGGAUGGAACACUGUCGUCAACAUGUUUUAUCUGCCAGGUACUUUGAUUGGUGCAUUUGUCAGUGACUGGAUCGGCCCUCGAUACACUCUUAUCCUCGGUGUUACACUUCAAGCUAUCGUUGGCUUCAUCAUGGCCGGCGUGUACGACAAAAUCUCUGGUCAGAUCGCCGCUUUCGCCGUCGUGUUUGGCAUCUUCCAAGCUCUCGGUGAGCUGGGACCCGGCAACAACAUCGGUCUUCUUGCAGCCAAGACCUGCGCCACUGGUGUCCGAGGACGAUACUACGGUAUUGCAGCAGCCGUCGGCAAGAUCGGUGCCUUUGUCGGAACUUACGUCUUCCCGCAUAUCCAAGCCGCCGGUGGCAACGAAACUCAAAGCGCCCAGUAUCCCUUCUUCGUCUCCUCGAGUCUAUGUCUUCUCUCGGCUUUGAUUGUUUUCUUCUUCAUCCCACAUGUUGGCCAGGACACCAUCACUCUGGAAGAUCGAAAGUUCCGUGAAUACCUCCAGAGGCAGGGUUGGGAUACAGCUCAGUUGGGACUCGACAUUCCUGGCGUCGAAGGAGGUGAGGUAAACAGCAAGACGCAAGAGAAGUAG